CCCUCACCCCUGCAGGACAGUCUCAGCCGAGCCCUCUGGGUCCGGGUGUUGAGGCGUCGAGAUGCGGCUGUGGCUCUGCCUGCUCCUCGCUGCCGCGCAGGUGGCAGCUCUCCACAGCCCCAUGGUGUACCAGCAGAGCCCUCUGUUCGAAGUGGCUCAGAACAACACACAGGUGGACAUAGCCUGUGAAGUCAAAUCCUCCCCUGCUAACACGCGCAUCUACUGGCUGAGGCGGCUCCAGGCCCCGAGCACGAACAGUCACUACGAGUUUCUAGCCAUCUGGAAUCCUACAGAACAGCCUGUGUACGGCAAGAAUGUGGGGCCGGAGGAGCUGACUGUGAAACAGACGUCAACCCAGACCAUUCUCAGUCUCAAAAGUGUGAAGCCUGCAGACAGUGGGGUCUACUUCUGCAUGACCAUCGGGACCCCUGAGCUGACCUUCGGGAAGGGAACUCAGCUGACUGUGGUUGACGUCCUUCCCACCACUGCCCAGCCCACCAAGAAGACCACCCCUAAGAAGAGAAAGUGCCGAUCAUUCCCGACCCCGGUGACUCAGAAGGGCCCGCCCUGUGGCCCCCUGACCCUCGGCCUGCUGGUGACUGGUGCUGCGAUUCUGCUGGUGUCCUUGGCUGUGUCCAUUCGCCUCUACUGCCUACGGAGGAGAGCACGGCUUCGCUUCAUGAAAAAGUUUUAUAAAUGAGCAGAGAAUACGCAUUGGGUGUCCUGCUACAAAAACACGUUGGCCAGUAUGAACGAGACCUAGAAAAACGAGAGAGAAGGGACACACUGAGUGAAAAGUUCACUGCCCCGCUGAAGCUGCCUGCUUUAACUCUGCAAGUUCCUUCUGUGGGCCUUGUGCGUGGGGACAACUUGGUAGUUGUCUGGAGUCUUACAAAGAAGGCUCCAGAGCCUGGACACUUCCUGUACCUUGGACACACUGAGCACUGAGUAAGAAAUGCCGCCCAUGGCACCACUUCCUGAUCUUGUACUUGCCCUGCGCUAGGCUGGGCCUUCUGGGGUUGGCCGUCCAGCCACUGUCCAAAAGUUGUUUUGCCCUGGUAGGGCAGUGACACUGAGACCUGGGUCACAGCAUAGCACUGGGCUGGCUUCCCUUUGUUCUUACCAGGCCGGGGCUGACUGUCCUCACAGAGGGCCCAGAAGCCAGACCCAGCUUGAAAAGGAAGCCUCCAGGAGGAGCUGGCCCCUCACAGUCAGCUCUGUCUCUAAGGACCACUGCUGGGGCCAGGAACUUGCGGUUUUGGGUGCAGGAGGCCACUUCUUCUCCCAGUGGGAACUUCUUGGUCCUUGGUCCUCAUUUCUGCCUUCCAAUGGCUUGUAUAUUUCUUCUUUCACUUUCUGUUCUCUUUUUAUAAAAAUGUCUUGGUUGUAAAAAUAAAGUCCCGAUUGAAAA